AUAAUAUACAUGAAUUAUUCUAUUGACUCCAUCCAUCCGAGUUAUCUGGAUAUUUCGGAUUAUAUUCGGAAUAAAUAUAAGAUUGUAUCGGAUCUUUCCAAUAAUUUGCCUAACUCCUAGUGAAAUGAGGAAUUUUACAUUUAUUCUUCCCACCAGACCGAGUCACCGACCAAACUCAACUCAGCUUCUACCAUCUUCCGACCGUCUCCGAAUCUUCUAGAACUCACCACACUCGUCUCUUCUUCCUCCUUUAUUCUCCUCACCUCUUGCACUCUUACCGAUCAUCACCAUUACAAAGCCCUUCGCCGGGAAAUUAUACCUCUGUCGCCGUCCGACGAAUCAACCAAUGGCGGAUCAAGACCAAAGCGCCAUGACCCUUUACGGCGGUAGCGCCAUUACCGACGCCAAGAACCACCACCACUCAUUCUCCGUCAAGAUCGGGAUCGCUCAGAUGCUCCGCGGUGGUGCCAUCGUCGAAGUUUCCUCCGUCGACCAGGCCAAGAUCGCCGAAUCCGCCGGCGCAUGCGCCGUCGUAGUCGUCCCCUCCGGUCCAGGCGCCGCCGCCAUCCGCCGGAUGCCGGAUCCGGGUCUCGUCAAGGAGGUGAAACGCGCCGUGUCCGUACCCGUGAUGGGGCGUGCACGUGUCGGUCACUUCGUCGAGGCCCAGAUCCUGGAAUCUCUGGCCGUCGAUUACAUCGACGAGAGCGAGAUCCUGGCCAUCGCCGACGAGGACAACUUCAUCAACAAACACAACUUCCGGUCCCCUUUCAUCUGCGGCUGUCGGAAUCUGGGCGAAGCUCUUCGUCGGAUCCGAGAAGGAGCCGCCAUGAUCAGAGUCCAAGGAGAGGUAACGCCUGCAGGUAACAUUUCAGAGACUGUGAGGAACGUUAGGACAUUGAUGGGUGACGUCAGAAUGCUAAACAACAUGGAUGAAGAUGAAGUGUUCACCUUCGCCAAGAACAUAUCUGCACCGUACGAUCUCGUGGUUCAGACCAAGCAGAUGGGGAGACUUCCCGUGGUACAGUUUGCGUCGGGAGGGAUCACGAUUCCGGCUGAUGCAGCCAUGAUGAUGCAGCUCGGUUGCGACGGGAUUUUUGUCGGCUCGGAGAUUUUUGAUGGGCCUGAUCCAUUCAAGAAACUGAGAUCCAUUGUUCAGGCUGUUCGUCAUUACAACGAUCCACAUGUUCUGGUUGAGAUGAGUUCUGGGCUGGAUACUGCAAUGGGGGAGCUUAGCAUUCGGGAUGACUGACAGGAUCCAAGAGUUUGGUCGAGGAGAUGCUUGCUGAUUGUGGUUGAAGUUGCCGUAUUUGACUCCAAAGUUCCAAACUUCAAUGUAAUAGAGAUGUAAUCAAAGGGUGAAACCCAGCAGAAGAUUUCAGUUUGCCUUUGAAAGCUUUGGUCCAAAAAAACUCUCUC